AUGGGGCGUGGUGGAGGUACGGGCGGCGAAGUCGGACUCUUACAACCUCCUCGUGGUGCCGCCCGGGGACCUGGCCAAUUCUUGAUUUUGAGAUGGGCUUCAGGCAAUGGUCUAGGUUUUGAGGAAAACGAUGAGCGAUUCAAUAGCCGUGUCGCGAUUGGAGGCUUGGAUAGUGGUCUGUCUGGAUGGUGA